AUGGCCGAGGAAAGAGCAAAAGAAGCUGGUGGGGACAGCAAGAAUGGUGAUAGCAACGAUGAGGUUUUUCCCGGUGUGAAUGAUAGCAAGGGGAAGACGAAGGUGGAGUUUCCAUCUUCAUCUUCAUCUUUAUCUUCCACAGAGUUAAGGAGUUGUGAUGAGUUGAAUGAGAGAUCAGACGAGUCCGAUGCGAAAGAGGGGCCAGAAGAAACAACACCACUCUCCGAAUGGGAAGACCCCAUGGCAGUAGAAUUAGAGAAGCUCCUAAUCCCAAACAUAAAGAAAGCCACCCUCACUGCAAUGAAGAAAAUAGUUGAAUGCGGCUUCACAGAGGAGCAAGCUGAGUGGGCUGUGUUGAACAGUGGCAGUUACCAAGGCUAUUUUGACAUCAUAUCCAAUAUUUUUACUGGUGCUUGGGUUGUGCUGACUUGUUCCAACAAGGACGGCCUUGAUUUCUCCAUUCCAUUGUUUGAUGGAAUAGAAAGCCUAGCAGCUUAUAUCCUGCUGGAAAUGGUGUGUGUGCUUAAAGAGGUGAAGCCAUUCCUCAGUGUUGCAGAAGCAAUGUGGCUCCUUUUGAUAUGCGAUCUCAACGUGCUUGAGGCUGUGGAACAUGGCACUGUGAACACCAAUCCAGUCCUGUGCUCCUGCUGCACUUCCAAGCAUUCCGAAUGCAAAAACGACACCCCAAGAGGUAGCAGUAAAGCCAUUGUUGUGUCUGCACCUCGAGCCGGUGAUGCUGGCAGAAAGGGAUUAUCAGGGCUUUGCCAGAAGGCACAUCGAGCUGAGACGAGUAGCAAAGGUGGUAAGAGGAGAGGGAGGUUUAUAACCAGUACCAGAAUGGCCAGAUCAAUUGAUGUGACUGUGAGCAAGCCACUCAUCUCUCAGCCUAGCUCUUCUGGUGUGAAGAGGAACAAAGGUAGUGGAGUUGUUUCUGUUCCUUCAUUGCCUGUUAUGACCUCCAAGGCUGCUGCAAUUGUGAAACAAGAAAGUAAAUCAACUGUAAAAGCCUCGGGCUCUUCUGCUGUUCCAUCUUCUGUCCAAAUAAGUGAGAAAGAUGAAAGGAUAAUGACGUUGAUGAUGCACAAGCAACUUCUGCAGCAGGAGCUAGAAGGCUGGACUGAUUGGGCCAGUGUGAAGGUCAGAGAGGCUGCUCAGAAGCUCAGCAAGGAGCAGCCUGAGCUGAGAGAGUUAAGGCAAGAGAGAGAGGAGACUCACAACUUUGAAGCAUUAAUGGAGGAGAAGGUUAAGCAGAGGCAAUCUGAGUUGGAGGGUGAACUGUCUGGUUUUCAUUCCCAGAUGAGACUGAGUAAUUCUGCUGUCCAAAGGCUCGAGGCAGAACGUGCCAAGCUGAAGAAAGGGAUUGCAGAUUCACUGAUGAAAAAUAUACAGCUGAAGAAAGGGAUUGCAGAUUCACUGAUGAAAAAUAUACAGUCUUCUGUAAAUCUGAAGGAAACUGUGGAGAGGGAGCAGGAGUUACUGAAACAGUGUCAAACACUGGAGGGUGAGACUAGCUCUCUGCAGGAAUAUCUCUCAGGUCUGAAGGGUGAAUCAGCUAGCUUGCAGGCCCGAAUAGACAAAGCUAGAAAGCGUGAAGGGGAGUUUGAGGCUCUCCGGCAAUAUGAAGAGAAGGAGAAGAUAAAGAAUCUCCAGAAGCUUGAGUCCAUAAGGAGUAAAAGAGAACAAUGGAAGCGUCAGGUCAAAGCGGAGGAGGAUAAUUUGAGAGCAAUUGCAGAAUCCAACAGGCUGCAGUACGAGGAGCGCAAGUGCAAGCUGAUUGAAGAAAUCUCUGCUCUAAAAUUGGCAGCAGCUUCGAGGGACCAGGGAGGUGUCAAACGCGAAUGGGAAUGCACUAUAUGCUUGACUAAGGCAACCUCAGUUGCUUUCCUCCCUUGUGCUCAUCAGGUUCUGUGCAAAGACUGCAAUACGCUUCAUGAGAACCAAGGAAUGAAGGACUGUCCUUCUUGCAGAACUCCAAUCGUGCAGCGAAUCCAUGCCCGUUUCCCCCCUCGCAGACCACACUGA